UCGGUAGAAAUUCCCUUGGUCAAAGGAAGUAUGAUGAGGUACGUGGGUGAAGAGAGUAUUUAAGAGGACCCUCAGCAUCUACCCCUUCACAGUCCUCCUGUCAACAAACGUUGCUCUCUCAGACUCUAAAUAACAUCUCUAGAUCUGAUCUAGCACUUCUGUCUCCUCCACCAAAAAGGAAAGCAACAAUGUCCAGCAUCAUGAAAGUGUUUCUGCUCCUGGCUGUCAUCGUCUGCAUCUCUGAAGCCCAACGUUAUCAUUCAGGAGGCUGUCUGUGUCAACGCGUCAGGGAUAAAAUGAGCAGAGCAGUAAAGGACAUCCAGAUCUACCCGGCAACUGCGUUCUGUGACAGAGUGGAGAUUGUUGUCACCGACAGAAGAGGGCUUCGCUUUUGCCUGGACCCCGAGUUGAAGACAGUGCAAAGAGUCAUGGCUUCCAUCAUAAAAGCCCAAACUACAGCUAGACAAGCUGAGCUCACGACCAGUCCAAGCAGCACCAACACAGCUCGCGUCUGACUCUUCCACUCCUGGAAUCGAAAAGAAGCUAACAUGACCUCUGACCCCGUUUGAAAAAUGCACCUUCAAGGAAUGUAGAUGUGAAAAGAAUGAAACUGUUUGUCUAUUUAUCCUCUAUUUAUACUCAUGUGCACUUUUAGUAUACAUCUGUUUCUUUUUGUUUAUAUAUUCCUUGUAUUCCUUUUUGUAAAUUGAUGUGUGUGUUGUAAUUGAGCCAAGUCCUUUGCCUUUUGGUCAUUUCAGUAUUUUUUCUAAAUAAAUAUAAAAUCAAUGGA